CGUAUCAACUAGACCAUGGCACUAAGUGCCACCUUCUUAAACACCCCCAGGAACGGUGACUCCACCAACUCCCUGCGCAGUCCACGCCAACGUGUAAUCACCCUUUCAGUUAAGAAAUUCUUACUAAUGUCCAACCUAAACCUGCCCCUGUGCACGUUCAGACUGUCCGACAGUCACGGCCGGGGCGGCGGCACCGCCUGGCGGCGGACACCGGGACAGGCCGGGACAGGCCGGGGCACGGCGGGCGCAGGCUCCGGGCGGCGGAAGGGGCCGGGCGGCGGAAGGGGCGGUGGAAGCGGGCGGUGGAAGCGGCGGCCGGCCCGCCUCUUCCGUCGGCGGCGGCACAUGGGCAAGAAACGGAGCGAUGGGCUUGGGCGCUCCCUGCAGCGGCAGCGCGGGCUGGAGCGCCGCGGCGCCUCCUCAUGGCUGCACGCCAGCGAGGUGGUCGCCGAGCGCGGCCCGGAGCUGCGGUCGGCGCCCGAGCAGAGCCCGCUGGAGGAGUUCCUGGCCACGGCCGAGCUGGCCGGCACCCGCUUCGUGGCCGAGCGUCUGAAUGCCCAGAUCGUGUCUGCCCAGAGCUGCACGGGCCUGCUCACGGCACAGGAGGCCCAGCGCGUGCGGCAGCUGCACCAGGAGAAUCAGGAACUGCUGCGCAUCCCGCGGAGGCCGCAGUGGGAUAGGACAACCAGUGCAGAGGACUUGAAGCAGGCAGAGAGAGAGAGCUUUCUCGAGUGGAGGCGACAGCUUGCCCACCUCGAAGAAGAGAAAAAGUUAAUUCUAACUCCAUUUGAAAGAAAUUUGGAAUUUUGGCGUCAGCUUUGGAGAGUCAUUGAAAGAAGUGAUAUUGUAGUCCAGAUAGUAGAUGCCAGAAACCCCCUUCUGUUUAGAUGUCAAGACUUGGAAAGUUACGUUAAGGAAGUCAGCAAUGACAAGGAGAACAUGAUCCUGAUCAACAAAGCAGAUUUGCUGAGUGAGGAGCAACGUGCUGCUUGGGCACAGUUCUUUGAGAAGGAGGGUGUCAAGGUGGUGUUCUGGUCAGCUUUGGCAGAGUGUGAACGGCUCUGUGGAGAAUCAAAGGAGCUGGGCGCUGAGGGGGCAGCGGAGCACCCGAGUGGUUCUGAGGAGGGGGGCUCCAGUCAGGAAGAUGAGAACACAGCACCAGAUAGCACAGAAAGAGCAUCCACAGGCAGCACUUGGCAAAGUGCAAACCAGGUCCUGGACAGUGAUAACAGCAGUGAUGAAUAUGAAGACUGUGAAGAUGAUGAAGAGGAGGACUGGCAAACCUGUUCUGAGGAUGAAGCUGGUGACAACUUAAAUGCUGUUGGUCCAGGGAGGAUGGAAAGCAGGACUGAUGGUGCUGCAGUGCAGCACAGAGUGCAGGAGCAGAACAGGAACAUCAGGAACUUCAGCCAUCUAGUACAGAGAAAUGAGCUGCUGGAGAUAUUCAAAACCAUGCACAAUGGUCCAAGGGUGAAGGAUGGGGAAGUAAAUGUUGGGCUGGUGGGUUACCCUAAUGUUGGCAAAAGUUCAACCAUCAACACAAUCCUUGGAAAUAAGAAGGUGUCAGUGUCUGCUACACCAGGCCGUACAAAACACUUCCAGACCCUGUAUGUGGAGCCUGGCCUGUGCCUUUGUGAUUGCCCUGGUCUGGUGAUGCCAUCUUUCGUCUCUACCAAGGCAGAAAUGAUUUGUUCUGGAAUUCUGCCUAUAGAUCAGAUGAGGGACCAUGUUCCACCUGUUUCUCUAGUUUGCCAGCAUAUCCCACGCAACAUUUUGGAAGCAACCUAUGGAAUAAAUAUCAUUAGGCCAAGGGAAGAUGAGGACCCAGAUCGAAAGCCAACAGCUGAAGAGCUGCUAACAGCAUAUGGAUACAUGAGGGGCUUUAUGACAUCUCAUGGACAGCCAGACCAGCCGAGAUCAGCUCGAUAUGUGUUAAAAGAUUAUGUCAGUGGGAAGCUGUUAUAUUGCCACCCACCUCCUGGUAUUGACCCAAAUGAUUUUCAGCACCAACAUCAAAGAUGCCCUGACAGUAUAACUGUGCAGGCCACAGGACAGGUGAAGCCUGAGAAAAAUACCAAAGCAAAACAAAUUGAAAAUGUGGUGGACAAAACUUUUUUCCAUCAGGAGAACGUUCGCGCCCUGAUGAAAGGGGUCCGGGCUGCCAUGGGCUACCGGCCUGGCUGCGGCCUCGUGCCGGCCGCUGCACCCAGCCCUGCCAGCGUGGGGGGAAAGCCCUGGAAGAAACACGGGAACAGGAACAAGAAGGAGAAAAUCCGCAGGAUCACGAAGCACCUGGAGGCUUAGCUGUGGCGGCAGUAUCUUGCCUUUUCAGGGCAGGCACUGCACUGUCUCACAGGCCUUAACUGAGGGGGGGAAAAAAACAGAUAAGUGGGCAUCACUAGCUCACCUGGGAGCUCUCUGCAGUGGAUUGGCCUGGCAGGGUGAGGGUGGGCUCUGGUGGCUGCAGUUCAUCCCUUCUGAGAACAAAAGAGACCUGGCUGUUGGUGUUAUCUGGAAACCAGCCCAGACAUUUGACUGCUGCUGAAACAUCCUUCCAGUGGGAGCAGAUGGAGCUGUGCAGGAAUGUUUUUUCCUUCCAUAAAGGAUGUAUUUUAUUGCUGUUGCAAUCAAAGCAAGCCCUGGUAAAACUGACUAAAAUCUUUAAACAGUUGAAUUUCAAUGAGUGAAGUUUGUUACAUUUUGAGACACUAUUACUCUUUUUCCUUUUUUUUUUUCUGGUCUUUAAGGCUUGUUUGUUGAUUUGACAAAAUGCUUUAGUGUGUUGACAGAUGAGGUAGAAUGAUCUUUAUUGCCCUCUUCCUUCUCUGCUCUUCUCAGUCCUGUUCUGUAGAAUCUGUAACCACACCCUAUUUCCCAGUUUGAGCAGAGCACAGCACACCAUGCAAGGAAAAUGUUGUUUUUAUAUCCUUUACACUGAGCUGGUAUCAGUUGUUUUUGUGUGACUUCCCACUAGUAUUUUAAAACAUUGGCUCCAUAUGACUGGCUAAAAAUCUGGUGCUAAUUUGUCCUUAAAAUAUACUUGAGAUUUUACUUCC